AUGGUUCUCACUCAAUAUAAAGCUAUCAAAAAUGCUGUGAUCCCAUUCGAAGCUCACGGUAGAUUCUCAAACCUAGAACUAUUCCUAGCUUUCAUCCUAGGUCCAUACCUCAUAGGAAAAUACCUAAUCCCAUUCAUCACACCUACACUUUUUUCAUAUUUACAUUUCUUUUUGAUCGUCUUUAUUGGUCCUCCAAUCAUUAUUGGUUAUUGGACUUUAAAUUCAAUCUUUGGUCAAACUAAAGAUCAUGUAUCGGUUUUACCUAAUAAAGCUUUAGAUGAAUAUUUUGUUAUUAAAGACGUCGGGUUGUCUCAGAGGUUUGGGACCGGUAAGGAUGCUCAGAAGAAAAAGAUUCCGAUGCAGGUUUGGCAUGAUGCUUAUUUUGAUGGGAAAAUCGAAUUAAAAGGUGAUAUGUUAGAUACACUUGAAUAUCGACAUGAUUGGGCAUCGUUUCAAAUGACACCAGAAUUAUUUAAAUAUGUAUUAACUCGAUUGAUACCUGAAGUGAUUUUACAUACCACAUCACAAGAUGAAGAACAAGUAAGAGAUCAUUAUGAUCGAGGAGAUGAUUUUUAUCGAUUUUUCUUAGGACCUAGAAUGGUAUACACAUCAGGAAUAAUCUCGAACCCAGAAAUCGAAGAAAGUUUAGAAGAACUACAAGAUAAUAAGAUGAGAUUAGUUUGUAAGAAAUUAGGAUUAAAAGAAUCGGAUCAUUUAUUAGAUAUUGGAUGUGGUUGGGGAACACUGGCUGGGUUUGCUGCCAAGAAUUAUGGUUGUGAAGUUACUGGAAUCACUUUAGGUAAAAAUCCAACUAAGUUUGGUAAUCAAAGGUUAUUAGCCAAUGGAAUUUCAAAAGAAAAAGGUAGAAUAAUUUGUCAAGAUGUUCGAGAUAUAUCGGUUGAACCUAUGGGUAGGUUUAAUAAGAUUGUUAGUUUAGAAAUGGCAGAACAUGUUGGAAUUCGAAAGUAUUUAGAUUUUUUGAAAUUGGUUUAUAAGCUUUUAUCGGAUGAUGGAGUCUUUGUUUUUCAAGUAGCAGGAAUUCGAACUAAUUGGCAAUAUGAAGAUUUGAUUUGGGGUUUGUUUAUGAAUAAAUAUGUCUUUCCUGGUGCAGAUGCUUCAUUACCAUUAGGUUGGGUGAUUAGUAAAUUAGAACAAGCUGGAUUUGAGAUUAGAUCAGUAGAUGUUUUGGGUGUACAUUAUUCGGCUACGAUUUGGAGAUGGUAUAAGAAUUGGAUGUCGAAUAAGGAUGAGAUUGUGGAAAAGUAUGGGGAUCGUUGGUUUAGGGUUUGGGAAUUCUUUUUGGCUUAUUCGGUGAUUACUCCUCGUCAAGGAAGUGUAUCAGUCUUUCAAAUCACAUGUCAUAAGAAUCUUAAUAAAUUUGAUAGAGUAGCUGGAAUUAAAGAUCAUACUUCAUUAUAUCCGAUCAUGAAGGAAGAUAUGAGUGAUGAAAAGAUGAAAACUUCGGAUGUGAUUUGUCAAGAAAUUUAA